AUGGGCGAGGGCGACCUAUUCCGGCACAUAGAUAACUUCAAAAAAGUUACUGCCAGUAGAGAAUUCAUCGACGCCACACUCUGCCACCUGUUUAGCGAAACACUAGACGGGGAUGCUAUGAACUGGUUCUUCGAACAGCCGGCGAACUCCAUGGAUUCUUUCGCGCGGUUGACAACGGCGUUCCUCAAUCGGUUCAUCCUCAUGGCCGGAGGAGCACACACAACUGACGGUAUAUUUCAAAUAAAGCAAGAAAGCAGGAAAACGUUGGGCGCCUUUAUCAUGCGAUGGCAGACAGCUGCAUCCAAAUGCCGGAACCUAAACAAAACACUCGCCUUGGCCGCAUUCAAGCAAGGACUGCGGUCGGAAAACUUCCUAUUCCAUAUCAACAUGGACCCUCGAAUGCGCGACGCCACCUACGAUGACAUCAUGACUGAGGUGGUGCGGUACACUCAGGCAGAAUAUGUCACAUACGGGGAAAAGCGAACUCUGGUACCAUUAGACAAAAGCACUGUGCUGCAGUCAUCUGUACCUACAAACACAAUCCCCUUACAACGCGAGUUCUUCCAUGGCACAGAAAACUGCGACAAAGGAAGGAAAAGAGAGUGUCAUCAGUCAAACCGCCAUGACGAGCACAACCAAGAUUUCCACAGAGGCCGAGAUAAGAACAGGAGACUCGGCGACGAACAUCGCGACAACAAAGAUCCUCGCCAGGUUAACGCGAUGGGUCGCCGCGGUAACCACACGCCACCAAGGGAAGAAACCCUAGAAGACUUCUUUCACAAACAUCAGGGGACGUUGAGGAAGUCAGCAAGGCCACUACGCCCUCAAACCGAAGUGGGAACUGGUAAGUGGUGCAGGUUUCAUGAAAAUGGAAGCCACAACACGAAUGAUUGCAGAACCCUUCGCACACUGAGAGCAAACGACGACACAAGAGUUCGAGCAGCGCAGCCAAGGGUGCAACAGAACGUGGUUGCCGCAGAAGAAAACCUACACCGCAUCAACGUAAUUGAGGGCGGAGCCCCAAUGACAAACAUGUUCAAUCGUGGAAAAAAGUGCUUCAGCCGUAGAAACCACCCAAGGCAAGUGUACGCUAUCACAGGGGAAAACGCCAAAAGACAGAAGGAAGGAUGGAAGCAGAUCACCUUCACUGAAGAGGAGGAAAUCGGCAUCUCUUUACCCAAUGACGACGCUUUCCUCACUGACGCGGUCUUGGGUGGACAGUGGGACGUAGGGAAGAUGAUGAUCGAUACAAGAUCCGCAGUUAACGUCCAAUUCAAGGGAUGCUACGAGAAGAUGGAGCGUAGUGGUAAAAAGUUAGUGCAGGACCACAAACCGUUGAUCAACUUCUCUGGUGACAUAACUCAACCUCUUGGCUCAGACUACAUGAUGGUACACAUUAGGACUGCACCGUGCACAGUCUGCGUCAAAGCUGAGUUCAUCGUAGUUGACACCUACAGUUCUUACAACGGGAUCAUCGGUCGGCCUAUCCUCAACCGGAUGCAAGCCUUCAUCGCCAGAUACAUGAUGCUCAUCAAAUUCCCAACUCCAAAUGGGACAGGACAGGUCCGGGGUUCACAGUCUGUAGCGAAAGAUUGCCAAACACGCGCAGUUAGACACACGCGCAAACAACACGAAAUCUUGGCGGUACAUGCUGUAACAAACUUGACCUACAAGGUCGUCGACGCGCGAGACGGCGAAAUACCAAAAAGUAAGAACAAGUAA